GAUCCCUCAUUUUCUCUCAACAAUUUUGUGAAAAAGAUGCACAGCUUGGAUUUUUCCCUUUUCCCACCUUAACUAGCUACUUCUUACAGUGGAAUGCAGUGCUGAAACCUGUGUUCAUCCACUGAUAAUGUUUCCAUAAAUUUAUUCCCUCUGUUUCUAGGGGCAGGGCUUCUUUUGUUCACCCCAACAAUGAGGUCACAGUAGGUUGAGCCAAUUCCUACCGUGAUUGCAGAAAUAUUCGUAAUUGUCUGUAGUGAACUUUGGGUCAGGCCUUUCUUUUGGAAUAAACCCUUUAGAAGACCAGACCAAUUCUCUAAUUGCCUGUAGCCCUUACAGCAAAUCAGCAGUUGGAAAUGUGGAGCUGCGUGGAAAACUACCCAAUCUCUCUCUUCCCUGGCUUCACAAGUGGGAGCUGUUGAUACCUGCACGGCUCUUGGUACAAGGCAGAGCAGAGCAUCGAAAGUUAAUAGUCCACAAGCCAUUCAGAAACGUCUAGGACAGAAACACUGACACCAGGGAAUCAUAUGUGUGCAUUGAGCAGCUAGUGAAUUGCUUACUUGGAGGGCUCAUGAGAAACACACAGAUGAACCUCUGAAGCCACUACUUGGCAGAACAAAUUAUGACAUCGACAUCUAAAGGAAUUUUCCGGCCAUUUUUUAUUAUCUUCAUUGUCCUUGGUUGUUUCAUGGCAUUGAUACUAAUUUAUAUCAAACCAACAAAUAGCUGGAUCUCUGGUCCCAUAGAAUCAGCCAGCUCAGUUUUGAAAAUGAAGAGCUUUUUUUCUUCCAAAACUGAUAAUCUUAAUGAAACUACUAUUUUGAUCUGGGUUUGGCCAUUUGGUCAAACAUUUGAUUUAACAUCCUGCCAAACAAUGUUCAAUAUCCACGGGUGCCAUCUGACUAUUGACCGCUCAUUGUAUAACAAAUCCCAUGCUGUUCUCAUUCAUCACAGGGAUAUUAGCUGGGAUCUGACUAACUUACCUCAGCAAGCCAGGCCACCAUUCCAGAAGUGGAUUUGGAUGAACUUGGAGUCUCCAACUCAUACUCCACAAAAGAGUGGCAUUGAACACCUGUUUAACCUGACCCUGACUUACCGGCGUGAUUCAGAUAUUCAGGUGCCUUAUGGCUUCAUGAUGGUUGGUACAAGUUCCUUUACAUUUGAAGUGCCAAGUAAGGAAAACUUGGUCUGCUGGGUUGUAAGUAACUGGAACCCUGAGCACGCUCGAGUGAAGUAUUACAAUGAGCUUAGCAAAUACAUUGAAAUCCAUACCUAUGGACAAGCCUUCGGAGACUACGUCAAUGACAAAAACUUGAUUCCAACUAUUUCCACUUGCAAAUUUUACCUUUCAUUUGAAAAUUCAAUCCACAAAGAUUACAUUACUGAGAAACUUUACAAUGCUCUUCUGGCUGGAUCAGUACCAGUUGUACUGGGCCCUUCCAGAGAAAACUAUGAGAACUACAUUCCAGCAGACUCUUUCAUACAUGUGGAAGAUUUUCUCUCUCCCAGAGAGCUGGCAGAAUAUCUUCUGAUGCUUGACAAAAAUAACAAGAUGUACCUUAGUUAUUUCAACUGGAAAAAGGAUUUCUCAGUACACCUUCCUAGGUUCUGGGAAUCACAUGCAUGUCUUGCUUGCGAUCACGUGAAAAGACACCAGGAAUACAAGUCCGUUGGAAAUUUAGAAAAAUGGUUUUGGAAUUAAUUAGUGUGUGUAUGUGUGUGCACUUUCUUGAAGAAGCCAGAAGAAACUCCAGUGCAAGUGGAGAGGAAAGAAAAAAAAAAAAAAAAAAAGAAAAAAAGGAAGGAAAAGAGAACAUUAUGUCAUGGUUUAUCAGCUAUCCUCUCUUGGCUGUCCUAUUUAUAUUUUGUAAGAGAUUUUAAAAGAUCAUCAUCAGGAGUCAUCAGUAGUUGGUUUUAAAUUAUAAUGUACAUACUAAUUAUGUGCACUGAAGAAUACUUGAUUGUUUACUAUGAGUUUUAAACAAGAUUUUCCACAUUUUCUGUGAAAUAUAUCCAAGUCUUACACAUAAACCAGUCAUUUUUAACAGUUCUCUCUUUUAUUUUUUUUUUUUUUAACAUUACAUUUGCUGUUUAACCUAUCUGGAAAAUGAGGACACAACUUUACAUGCCAGAGAGAACUAUAAGAACAUAAUUUGCUGUUCCAGUCUGAAAUCUGUGUAAUAUUUCAAAAGACAGUAAAGUUUUUUAUGGUUCAUCUUACAUUUUAAGAACACAGUAAAGUUAAAUACCUGCCAUUAGUCCAAUACGAUCAAUUUCACCCCUUUUUAAGGGUGAGGAACCUAGAAAUAUGAUUUCUAAAAGGUAUGACAGCAAUAGACAGUCUUUGCUUCUAAAAGUAAUAUGUGUUCUAACAGAUCUCUCCAUUAAGUUAUGUUAGGAAUAUGUCUGUUCUUAGUCUUUGAAGAAUAAAGUCAGAUAUAAAGAUGUACAACCUUAGUGGCCAAAUCUCAAAUUCAUCCAAGUUUUAAGUGUAUUUAAAUGCAGCAUGUCUUUAAGUCUCAUUGUGUCUCAAGUAUUGUUUACCUGAACCAGGGCUGUAAGUGGUAUUACAUUGAUGCUACAGAGAUAAACAUAUUUUAACAUAGGUGUUUGAUUACAUUAGCCUAAUGCACUGAAUUCAGCUGGUAGUAAUGGAUUUUUAGAAAUAGACUGUUGAGCAUUUUAUCAAUUUCUCUCAUAUAAUUUCUCAAAUAAUUGUGAAUUUGUCCCCAAUUCUGCAAAAUUGUAUCUGUUGAACUUCAAUUGUAGCUGGACACCUUGCUGUUAUGACUGAUGAAUGUGAAAAAAAAAAAGAAAAUGACCAAAGAGUUUAUUUUCUGAAAGAAAUAUGCUGAAAUUCAGUAAAUAAGUUAUCAGGCUGACACGUUCAACCAUUAAAAUUGUUAAGCUAAUGAAAUUUGAGUUUUGAAAAUAUUUUAUGUGACAGGUAUAAAAAAUGCACUCAAGAGCAUCAGUUGCUAUCAAAAUUUGAAUAUAUAAAUAGAUUCUUAAGUGUCAAGUUUUCUUUGAUAGCAAAUACAAAAUGUGAUGAUUGUCAUGAUUGUUUAAAAUGUCUGCUUUUCUGUGAUUUUAUUACUUACUUGUUUCAGCUAAAACUAAAAUAUGUGAUUGAUAUAUGCAUAUUUAUGUGUCCAAGGUUGGUUUCAUGACAUAAAUGUACAGAUGUAUUUUCGUAUCAAGAGAAAGCUUGUUUUUUCAAGUCAGAACGUGUUACAAAUCACAUCUUCUACUGAAAAAAAAAAAAAAGUUUAACUGGAAAAGCACCAGCUUAUGUGAUGUAUAAGACCCUGAUCAAGCAAAGUAGUUGGUCAUAUAUUUAAUUAAGAUUAAACUUGUAGAGAACAUCGCUGAAGAAAUAAGGGAUAAACAAUGACAAACAUCUAGCAAAAGAUAUGGUGGUUUGUCAGAUUAUUUUUUUUACCCUAGGUUGGAAUAGAAACAUAAAAGGCUGUAAGAGUAAUGUAGUCAAAUGUCUAAACCAGGAAACUCCACAGGAAGCUUACAGAAACACUUAUGCUCUCCCUAUGGCUUCAAAAGCUGGAUUCUGAUCUGGAUAUUUAUUUAUACUACUUAUUGCUGUCUUUAAAAGC